GCGGUUGCCAUAGCGACCACUUCCUGCUCCACGUCGAGGCCCGAUGGCGGCGCCGGGCGACCUGGAGGAGGCCAGCCUGCUGGCGUGGCUGUUCCGGGGGGCGCCGUCGCCGCCGGCGGGGGACGCGGAGCUGUCGGCCUACUUGGCCGAGCUGUCGGGGCUGGGCCUGGAGGUGCUGCGGAGGGAGCCCGGGCGGCUGGCGGAGGAGCGGGCGCAGCUGGGCGCGCAGACGCGGGCCUUGGCCUUCGCCCACUACAAGACCUUCAUCCGCUCGGCCGAGUGCACGGCCGGCACCCGGCGCGGCUUCGCGGGCAUCGAGCAGGGCCUGGACCGCCUCCUGGGCCGCCUGCCCUCCUUCGCCGAGAGCUGCCGGAGCUUCUCCCGCGAGGCCGAGCAGAUCGCCCAGAGCCGUCGCAUGAACAGCCUGACGCUGAACCGCCACACCGAGAUCCUGGAGGUGCUGGAGAUCCCGCAGCUGAUGGACACCUGCGUGCGCAACGGCUACCACGAGGAGGCCCUGGCGCUGGUGGCCUACGUCCGCCGCCUAGAGAAGAAGCAUGCCAGCAUCCCUGUCAUCCAGAGCAUCGUGGCUGAGGUGUGCCAGUCAACACAGCUUAUGCUGAGCCAGCUGAUCCAACAGCUGCGCACCAACAUCCAGCUGCCAGCCUGCUUGCGGCUCAUUGGCUACUUGCGUUGCAUGGAUGUGUUCACCGAGGCCGAGCUGCGCAUUACCUUCCUGCAGGCGCGGGACGUCUGGCUCCGCUCCAUCCUUGCUGCUGUCCCUGAUGAUGAUGCAUAUGUGCACAUCACCAAGACCAUUGAGGCAUGCCGUGUCCACCUCUUUGAUAUCGUCACGCAGUAUCGGGCCAUUUUUGCAGACGAGGAGCCCCUCGUGCCUUCCUCUGGCCAGGAUGUUCUCAAUGAAAGCGCCAUCUUCCACGGGUGGGUUUUGCAGAAGGUUGCUGAGUUUCUGCAGAUUCUAGAGCAUGACUUGCAGCGUGGAGUAGGUGGUCGCCUGGACUCCCUUCUAGGCCAAUGCAUGUACUUUGGCCUUUCCUUCAGUCGUGUGGGAGCAGACUUCCGGGGUCAGCUUGCACCCAUCUUCCAGCGAGUGGCACUGCACACCUUUCAGAAAGUUGUGCAGGAGGCUGUGAGCAAGUUCCAGGAGGAGAUGGACUCCUACACGCUGAUCUCUGCACCUGCCGUCCUGGGCAGCACAAUCCCUGCAGCAGUGCCGUCUGCUCAGCCAGCCACACUCCAGCCCCCCAUGGUGCUUUUGGACUUCGCACCACUUGCCUGCUUCCUCAACAACAUCCUGAUGGCCUUCAACGAUUUGCGUCUCUGCUGCCCUGUGGCUCUUGCCCAAGAUGUGGCAACUGCCCUGGAGGAUGCACUUGGCCAGGCGACAAAGAUCAUCCUGGCUUUCCACCGGGCAGAGGAGGCGGCUUUCAGCAGCCGGGAGCAAGAACUGUUUGUUCAGUUCUGCAUGAUGUUUUUGGAAGAUUUGGUGCCCUACCUCAACCGGUGCCUGCAGCUGCUCUUUCCACCAGCCCAAAUUGCACAGACUCUCGGCCUGAACGAAGCUGGCGAGGAGACAACCUGGGAGGCCAGUGGCUGGGCUGCCCGCAUCGUCCAGCACGAGAUGGACCACCUGCAGGGAAUCCUCUACGUUGACAAGAUGGACAGCAGAACUUUUGUGAACGCGCACUGGGCUGAACUGAAUGAGUAACAGAGGGGUGGGCUUCGCUUCGCCUCCCCCUUCAGCAGGCCUCUGAGCCUGCAGCGCCACUAAGGCUUGUGUGGUGGAGUUGGUCGGUCAUUGUGACGUGGAGGGGAAAGUUCUUAUGGGCCCAGCUAUGUAAGCCAACCCGACCGUCUCUUGGGAGCUGCAGUGGCUAUCAAGGGCUUUGCCAAAGCAGCACUUUGGGACCCGUUGGAAGGGACUCUAGACGGGAACGGCUUCUUGCCCACUGGUAUUUUUGCCUGUUGAAGGCAGGCAUUGGGGAAAUGGCAGUCAGUAACACUCACUCCCCCCCCCCCUCCAGUCCUAUGUAAGGUGAAGCAGGGCAAAGGCAGCCCUUUCCACUAGCAGAGAAGCCACAGCAUUGCACAGGCCUGCAGCAAGAGCAACUGCCAGCUGCGACUGGCACCGAAUGGGGCUUCGGAAUAAUGACGGGUUGGGCCAUGGAAAAGACAGGGUCGGUGCUUUUAAAUAAACAGUUGACCUAAACCAG